GACUGCCGACUCGAAGUUCUCAUGCCGCCGCGGGAAGCUAAAGGCUUUACCGAAGCGUUGAUGAGCCGUUGCGAUGCCCUGCAGGAACUGCGUGCCAUCCUCUCCAGAGUGUGCGUGCUGCGUGCGGAAGCAUCCGUGGAGGCAGACAAGGCCAACAUCAUGCGCUGUGUGGAGCAAGGGAUUGGCCUGCACAACCUCAACGAGCGUCUCCGCCGGAACCUUCGCUUCUGGUUUCUGGCCCGAGCAGAGGAUGAAGCAUCGAUGUCCGUGCAGUACAUAGAGAAAGAUCUUUGUGCGAGGCCCCGCUGCGGUAUCCUUCAAGUUGCCCACAUGUUAGCAGACCAUGGCCAGGUCUGUCGCGCGAUUCGGCUGCUCCGAUGUGCCCUGAAGGAAGCGCAAGCCAAAAGCUCUUUGGAGGCCGUUGUGGAUUUCAAUGCUGCAAUUGGAGCGCUGCUGCCGCGUCAGGGUGACCUGAGCCAGGCUGCAGUGCACCUGCAAGAUGCACAGAAGGGUCUGGCCAGCGCUCCGCCUCGUCAGGCCAUCAACGUCUUCACUUCUCUCGGCGCUUUGGCCUUGUACCAAGGCGACUCUGGGACUGCCCUCGGUCACCUCGCAGAGGCCGAUCGGCUCUUUCGACUGCAUGGCAGUGGUCAUCCAAAGCACGAGCUACCUCUGCUGCUGGACAGUGCUUUUGCUUAUGCGGAUGUCGGCGACAUCCGGGCAGCAACCGAUUACUACCGGAAGGUGGUCGAGCUCCGUCGUACUCACUCGACGCCCGUAUCCUGCGCAAGCAUCGGCCCAAUGCUCGUGGUGCAGCAGCCCCUCGACCAGGAGACUUGCCUGGCACAAGCCCAGCUAUGCGAAGAGCUCCAACUUGAGUCCCGCGCAUGGGGCAUGUAUGUCAUCACCAUACUGGCCUACAACAAGGCGCAGCAUGACAUGCUUAGCGAGGCCCUCGAGCUUUGCGACAAAGCAUUAGCCUUGCGGUCGGGCAGAGACACCCCGUUUGUGGCGGACACAUUCGGAGUGAAGGCUUGCAUCCAGGAGCAUCUCUUGGAUGUGGAAGGCAGGCUUUUACAUGCUGUUCCGUGCUUCAUCCUAGCAGCGCAGCAGCGUAGGUGCCACAAAGUCCAGAUCGGAGAUGCUACGGAUCCGUGCUGGAAUAGGAUCUGCGGCAACAAAGAGAUGCCUAGGUAUAUCAAGGAGAAGUAUGGCCCCGAGCUGGAAAAGAUCAUGGCAGACAGGCAGCAAAUGCAAGACAUGCAGCAUUCCUUGAAGAAAGAGGCACUGACAUGCAGCUUCCAGACCUACAAGUUGUUUGACGUCGUGUUUCUCCCUGAUGGUAGCGACGACUUCGUGCUUUCUGCGACUGAUGGGUCGCUGGUUCUCAGCUAG